CUCACGGCGACGAAAUAUGGUCAAUGGAAACUCUUGGUCACGAACGAUACUAUCGUCAAGGCUCUCCACCAGAAGAGGAUGCGGCAGCUGUGGAGAAGACCUUUGAACAACAGAAGAAAUACUGUGAUCCACCGACAUUGCACUGCCUCGGAGGUGAUGAAUGUGAAGCCUUCCUGAGAUCCCGGGCUCCUGAGAUUGAAGGAAUGAUCUCACGGUCACUCGGAGUGGAAUUUCGAAAUUUGACACCGCAACGGCCAAAGAUUUUUAAGUCUGUUGGAGGGCAAUUCUCUUCCAAGCUGGCCCACCCUUCGGGUACUGAUGGAGUUUCAGUUUUCGGGGUGGUGAGAGGCUCUGGAUCCAUCACGAUCUACCCUGACACCAGCAUCGGCAAAUAUACACCAAAGCUAGAAAAUUCUGAAUUGUUUAUAGUUCCUGGUCCAGCCCGUAUUGAAAUUCCCCCAAAUGGAGAAGUUCUGAUGGUUUGGUGGGGAUUCUCAAGGGAACCGAUGGGUCACAAUGUCUGCUCUCCUGAUGCUCUACCUCUUAUGGUCUUUCAUCCAUAUGGAAAAUGAGCAGCUUUUAUUUCAGUGUGUCUGAUGAAUGAUUUAAUACAUAUCUCUUUCUCUGGAGCCAGCGGCUCUAAAAUGUAUGUCACCUGUUAGAUAUAUCAACACCUAAGUAUCAACAAGGCCAGAAAGACAGGCAUGCAAACCUAUGUUAUCAAACCAUCAAAGUAUUGUAGAGGUCCUGGUCUUU